GAAGAUAACUUCCUCUGAUUUUUAUUUAUUUAUUUUUUCCUAAAGCAAAGAAACGACAAAGCAGCAUCCAUGUAAUGUCUGACUCUUCCCAGCUAGUGAUGGUCAGAGAGCCGACAUUACUUUUUGUUUAGAGAGGAAUCGCGAUGGUUACAUAUUGUGAGUAACGAGCCCGACGAGCUGACGAGCGGCUGUGCGUCUUGGAGAGGGCAGGGACGCCGGAGACGCGCAACGGCAGCAGCAGCGCAGUCUAUUUGGAGCCACCGGUUGAGAUCAUUCAACACUCCGAGAGCACUGAGUGUCUGAGCGGAUUGAGGGAUACAGAUCGACGACCCAAAAAUCUUCCCAAACAAACGAUGGACAUCCUCCUCGGCCCCCCAGAAAGCCACGAAAGCGACGGAUGAGUGAAAUCGAAGAUGCUGCGCACUACGGCCAAAAUCCUGGAGCUUUUUUGAACAGGACUGUGGGUGUGUGCGCGUCGGGCUCGCCGUUACCUCCGGACUGCACUCGCCAACUUCCCCCGCUUUCCAUCAAGUCAUGUCUGAUACAGAGCAAUGGGCAAGUUUGACGACAACGAGAGGAUAAUCCUCAACGUCGGGGGCACCAGGCACGAAACCUACAAAACCACCCUGAAGACCCUGCCGGGGACGCGACUGGCGCUGCUCGCCUCCGACUCGGACAUCGACUCCGUGCUGGAUCAGCUGCAACAAGUCCCCGGCUUCAUCGAGUACAACGCGCGAACCAACGAGUACUUCUUCGACCGCCACCCGGGUGUGUUCGCCUAUGUGCUCAACUACUACCGGACCGGGAAGCUCCACUGCCCGGCCGAUGUGUGCGGACCGCUGUUCGAGGAGGAGCUCUCCUUCUGGGGAAUCGAUGAGACGGACGUGGAGCCCUGUUGCUGGAUGACAUACCGGCAGCACCGGGACGCGGAGGAGGCUCUGGACGUGUUCGAGCUCAACGUGGACAACGGGGAGGAGGACGACGAGAUCGGGAAGAGGCUCGGCAUUGAGGAUGUGGCUGCCGACGGGAAUGUGAGCCUGUGGAGGAAGUGGCAGCCGGUGAUCUGGAAUCUAUUCGAGGAUCCCUACUCCUCUAGGGCGGCGAGGUUUAUUGCCUUUGCAUCUUUGUUCUUCAUUCUGGUCUCCAUCACCACCUUCUGCUUGGAGACUCAUGAAGCUUUCAACACCAUCAUCAACAAGACUGAGCUGAUGCGGAACAGCAGUGUGACGGAGUCGGGCCCUCAGUACGAGAUUGAAACUGACCCUGCACUCACCUACGUGGAGGGUGUUUGCGUCUUCUGGUUCACCAUUGAGUUCCUGGUGCGCGUGACCUUCUGCCCGGUCAAGUUGGAGUUUGUUAAGAGCGUCCUCAACAUCAUCGACUUUGUGGCUAUCCUACCUUUCUAUUUGGAGGUAGGGCUGAGUGGCCUUUCUUCAAAGGCUGCCAAGGAUGUGUUGGGUUUCCUCAGGGUGGUGCGCUUUGUUCGUAUCCUGCGUAUCUUCAAGCUAACACGUCAUUUUGUGGGGCUAAGGGUGUUGGGCCACACAUUGCGGGCCAGCACCAAUGAAUUCCUGCUGCUCAUUAUCUUCCUGGCGUUGGGAGUGUUAAUUUUUGCCACCAUGAUUUACUACGCCGAACGAAUCGGCGCCAAGCCCAAUGACCCCACUGCUAGCCUCCACACCAAGUUCAAGAACAUCCCCAUUGGCUUCUGGUGGGCUGUGGUAACCAUGACUACACUGGGCUAUGGCGACAUGUAUCCAGAGACCUGGUCAGGCAUGGUGGUGGGCGCAUUAUGUGCUUUAGCCGGCGUGCUGACGAUAGCCAUGCCUGUGCCGGUUAUCGUCAAUAACUUUGGGAUGUACUACUCUCUGGCCAUGGCCAAGCAGAAGCUGCCCAAAAAGAGGAAGAAACACAUCCCUCAGGCAGUGCAGGGAGGGUCCCCCACCUACUGCAAAGCCGAUCUCAACACCACCUGCAACAGCACUCAAGGUGACCUGUGCCACGUCAAAGGGGGCAGGGUACUAGAACGCAACCGUUCAGUUCUGUCAGCGGACUGCAGCGGGGGCAGUGACCUGACCAUGUCUCCAGAGGAGAGGGUCCCCAUGCGAAGGUCCAGCACCAGGGAACAGGACCGUCGGAGCGGGGGCACGUGCUUCCUGCUUGCUGCUAGUGACUACACCUGCCCUGCAGAUGGAGGGUUACGAAAAACAGGCUAUGAGAAAUCCCGGAGCUUAAACAACAUAGCGGGCAUGACUGGCAUGGCUGGUAACGCCCUGAGGUUGUCUCCUGUGACCUCGCCCUAUGGAUCGCCCUGCCCGCUGCGGCGCUCUCGCUCCCCUAUCCCCUCCAUCCUGUGAGAUGUCCAGCCCUGGGCCUCUUUGGCCUAAACUACCCCACAUCCUGCCCCCAAACAAACCACCUCCCUUUGGUAUUAUAUCUGAACUGUUCUAGAUAUUGUGGCUAGUGGAUAAGUACUUAAACUUGUAGCUAAGACUAAUGUUAGUGGCUUGGGCAAUCUGAGCAACUCCUCACCCCCCUCUUCCUUGAAGGUACAUGUGCUUAGCUAACAUCCUUAAGUAUCUAGUCAGUUCUCCUGUGUCACUUGGAGUUCCCUUUAGAUAUCGUCAUACUUUGAGACUUGAGACUUGCAAUAAAAGAACUCUGACUGGUGGCUUCAGAAGUAGCAGCCAUGACAUUUAAUAAAGGACAUAUUAAUAAUCAGGGAUAUUAGAUGUUGCUGUAUUUAGAUACCAUGAAAAAGACGUGCUUCCAAAAAAAAAAGAAAACAAAAAAAAAAAAAAGAAAGAGAGAUGUCACUUCAUUUGAACCUCAUACAACUGUGACUUUGUCUUUUGUUUUGCUACUUGAUUUUUGGGACGGAGACCGGAGGAAUGGCUGCCAGGACGGACGAUUAUGUCGUUCAGGACUGUGUUUUGACUCACACAAGCACACUUACAGUCUGUCACUCUUCACCUGCUGCUGGGCCCGCUCAUGUUUUUGCAUGGAUCAUCCUGUAACCAUCGUCUGCGAGCAGUGUGGCGAGGGGAGCAGGGACGAGGCAGACAGUGAGGAGAACUUAAGAAACUUAUUUAAAAAAUACUCUUUUUUUAUGUAUAUGUAUAUGUAUAUAUAUAUAUAUAUAUGAAGGAUUAUUUUUUAAUUUAAUAUUAUUAUGUUGGGGUUGGGGGGUGGUACAUUCAACUUGUAUCGUGUCUCAUUUUGCCAUUGGCUUCACCAACAAUUCACCGAGGAGACUAGAAACACAGAACGCCAUCUGGGUGUUCGUUUCUCUCUGCAUGUGGGUUUUUGCUUGUCUCUCUGCUAUUUCCAAUUAACUUCUCCCCCCACCCCCCCGUCUCCUUUAUGUUUUUUUUUUCUUUGACCGAGCGCCACCAAAGCUGUUGUGUCUCUGGUUGUUUACUCACAGAUAACUGCAAAGAGGUUGUCUUUACUGGUUUCACACAAGCAGAGAGCAGCGUUCUAUCUUAAUGGCUUUGGGGGAAGGCACCGCCAUGGCGGAAAGACAAUUCAAUUCCUAUUUGAAUGACGGUGGGAUAAGACUGUCAUCAGUAUGAGGACCUAUUGCAGUGGGAGGACCCCAUUUGGAGCCAUAAGGCCACUGCUGCAGGACAAUACGGACGAGGAUGCACGUAAAACCCAUUGACUGACAGCAGCCUGGCUCAUGGCUCUGCGCACAGGAAAGCAACUGAGGACUGUGACAAGCAUUUACCUUCUCUCCUUCUCUUUUUUUGUUUUCCUGUUUUGAAACUCUGGAGAAAAAAAAAGGAAAGCAAAGUGCACUGGACACGCCCUUAACAGAGACUAUCUACUGUAUAGAUACUGCUCCUGUAAAUAAAACAACGACACAGCACAUCUGGGCCGAAGCGGCUCCGUCCACACAUCUGUCUUUUGAUGGCGAGUCAGGUGGUUGGUUGCUAAGUUGCGCCGUGACACUCAGUGUGAGUCACUUUUCUUGCUGUGGUAUCCCUCCUCGCAAUAAGUGUAUUAAGAUGUAUCAGUUGAGGCACUUUGUGUUCUAAAAAUGGAGUGUAUUCAUAUAUGAAAUUCUACAUACAGUAUAUACAGUAUAGAGAGACAAACGUGCUAAGUUGAAUAAAUGUGACAUUAUGGUCAUCUUUGCUUUCGUUUCCCUUGGUAUUUUCAGUAGGUUAAUUGCUCUGCUGUGUGUUAAUGUGUGUGUGUAUCCUAAAAACUCCAGGGUCAGAUCUGCAGUUUGAAAGGCCAGGUCAGUGGAGACUUGCUGUCACUCUUCUACUUAGUUUUUAGCACAAACCUGAAUGAGACAGAGCCCCCCCCACCCCCCCCCCCACCCCUCUGUGAUGCAGUCGCUGUUGUAGAAGUCCCCCCCCCCGCCCUUGCCGUGCAUUGAACAUGCAACUACCCUGCGUUAGUGCUGCAGAUGUUUGUCUUUUCACAAACCAAAUUAUCCUGACCAGACUAUUCCUCAUAACUCCUGGUGGCUAAAAAAAAAAAAAAAAAAAAAAAACUGCAUAACUUGAUUCUUCCAAACUUUGGAGCAAAAGUGUAGCAGAAGUUUACCAAGUUAAAUGCGGGACUUCUAGAAUGGCUACAUCUGCACAGUAGCAAUCCCACGAACCCAAACAAUCAGAUCGGAUUUGCAAUAAGCACCCAAAAACAAAAAGCACCGAUCCACACUGUGAUUUCAGCAGCAGAGAGAAAACCCAGUGAACGCUGAUAGAAAGGACUGGCAGGUGGCACAACGUAUGUGUCGUGUCGGUCGGCUUGCUGUUCAAGUGUCACCCUGUACCCACAAUCCUCCUCGUGUAGUACACACGCUGCUUUACUCUUUGACUCGACAAAGGGGAAACUGUUCUUUGUGUAUUUUUAGAAUGACGUUGUAACUUAAAAAAAAAAAAAAGGUGUUUAUUUUUUUUAAUCCAGAACAUGUAUUUUUGUGUCUUAUUGUUGAGUACAUUGCUCUUACCUGUAAAAGUCAUGGUAGUCUGAUGCUGUGCUUCUCCAUUGUGUCCUUAAACUGUCAGGCUUUUGAUCCGAGUUCAUGUUUUGUAUGUUUUAUUGUGAGGAAAAAUCUAGUUUGAAGUCUGUAUUUGUGGAGCCUUUUGUUGGCAUUCUAAAGUGCAUGCUGAAAAAACAUUAUGUCAAAUUGUAAAAAAAAAAAAGGAAAAAAAAAAGAAAAAAAAGACAUACUGUAUAUCACAGUCAAAACAAUGUGUAUAGAGUAAAGGUAAAUGCUAUGUGAGUGAUUCACAUAAACUAUUUAUCUUUUAA